AUGCCGUGGAAACGGAAAAAGAACAAUUUUGGUUUGAGGCGGAAGAAGGUGCGUCGAAGUGAACCUGAGCUACCUAAUGGAGAGUCGGCCCUUGACCAUGAGUAUUGCCAAACCGACGACACUACAAUUCAGACAGAGGCUGCUAGUGUUAAAGCUGUACAAACAUUUGAAACAAUGGAAGAUGACCACAACUAUAGUUGUAUAGCCAGUAUGCCAUGUGAUGUGGAGAUAGACAGUGACUAUGAGUGCAUUAUUGACAUUGAAACACUGAAUCCGUGCCUUGAUAAUGAGUCUGAACCAAUUGUAAAUGAGACAGACAUUGCAGAAAAUGUUGUUGUUAAGUCUGAUGCAUUUGAUCAGUUAUAUGAUGACUUGCGUGACAAAAUUGAUCCAACUUUCGUUGUUUUGAAGGAUCACACCAUUCGAGUGUUGGAACACUACAAAACCACAGUAAAAACUUGUUUGGUGAUCAACAAGGACUUAACUGUUGAGGUGCUUAUUCAUAACAGAGCUGUGGCUGCAUCCCAUAGCUUAUUCUCUGACUUCGGAAAGGGGGUUAAUUUUUUAGAGGACAUUUUGACAAUUGUUAACAAGCUCAAAACUGCCCAUGUGUGUAUUGGCUGUCCAGAGCAAGUUUAUGUGGAACUUGUUCCAGAAGGUAGCUACAUCAGCUCCUCAAAUAAACAGAACUUGGCGUACAGAGAGGGAAAUUUUGGAGCUGAAUGUGGCACAUUCUCAUACAACAGUACUGUGCGUGCUGUAAUGUGUGAUCUUGUUUUAUUGACAAAACAUGAUCGAUGUAUUGAAUGCAGCAGAGUGAGAGCAGUGCUCAGGAAUAGGGAAUAUAGACGGAAAGAAGCUAAAUCUGCUAUAAAAAAACAAUAUACUCAUUCUAAUUAUAAACAUUCAAACAUGGACAAAACGCAAUUUAUCAUGAAAAUAAAUGAACAGAAAAAUGAAAUAAAAAGCCUCCAUUCAGAAGUCAACAAAUUAAAAAGGCAACUAACCAAAAAAAUUCAGACUGAGGGACAGAGCUUGAGUGAGAUUGAGUCUUUUGAAUUAAGUGAUCUAAUGGCAACAUGUGAACAAAAAGUUAAAACAGCAUACCCAGAUGAAAACUCAUUUCAGAGGUUAUUCUGGGAACAACAGUUGAAGGAAUCUACAACUAAAAAGAAGGGAAUGAGAUGGCAUCCAAUGAUCAUUCGUUGGUGCUUAUAUUUGCGACACACGUCAAACAAAACCUAUGAGGCUUUGCGCCAAAGCGGGUUUAUCAAGUUGCCAAGCUCACGCACACUUUUCGAUUUUUCUCACUUUACAAAGAGUACCACUGGCAUAACCGCAGAAACAGUAAAGCUUCUACAAGAAGAAUCGGAAAAAAUGGACUGUAUUCAGAAGACUGGAAAUCUUGGGUUGGCUUGUUGUUUGACGAAAUAAGAAUAAAGGCAGAUCUGGUGUAUGAUAAACAUACUGGUGAGCUGAUUGGCUUUGUUGAUUUGGACUCAGUUGGCAAUGAUAUUCUCAACCUAGAAAGUCAA